GUUAUUUGUAAAUUUCCCGUAGGUGAAAAAAAAAUUCAUUUUUGCAAAUAGCCCCCAACUUACUUUAAAACGAGCGAGGGGUUUCUAUACGAGGGUUUUGGAAAUAGUGAUCGAAGAAAUGGCGAAGGAAGGUGAGCUGUGGGAUGACUCUGCUCUCGUCAAAGCCUUCGACGAUGCCGUUUCCAAAUACAAGAAAAUGCACAGCAAGAACAAAAACCAAGCUCCUCUUCACCUUGAAGACCAUGCGGAUAUAAGGGAGGGAGAAGAUAGCAAUGUCAUAUUAAAGACUGAAACAGAGAUAACAGCAGGUAAAAAUAUUGUUCCAAUUGAAGAAAAUCCUUAUGGAGAUUCGUCAAAUGGAGUGGUCAUGCAAGAUGCAAUUAAUGGCUAUGCAUAUCCACAAGGUGUGGAAGAUUACAAUCAGUUACUCGGUCAGUAUUAUGAGCUCGAGGAGAAGAGGCAACAGAUUUUACAACGCUUGAAUCAAUUUGGUAAUUGGAAUUACCAUUGUUCGGGUGAAAAUUUCAGCUCCGGGGCACAGUGGGGUACUUGCUCUACUUCUCAAGAUAUUCAACUCCCUGCAACUCAAACAUCUCAUCCAGCCAUUGUUUGUUCAUGCUGCCCAUAUGUAUCUCAAUGUUGCCUGGCCUCUCUCACAACAUGUUCUGCUUGUUCUCUGGGUGGUGCUUGCAAUGGUAGAAUUUGUACUGAUACUAAUGCAGCCACAGGAUCUGGAAAGUCGCAUACUGUAGUUGACAGUGACAUUGUCAAUACAGCAAUGGGAGCUAUAGACAGAGCAUUAUCUUCCUUGAAGACAGAUGAAGAGAUAGAGAAGAAGAAAGAAAAUGGAGGGGAUGUUGCUCAAACUAAUAACUCUGAAACAGAUCUUACUGUUGUCUUAAAUGCUUGGUAUUCUGCAGGUUUCUACACUGGCAAGUACCUCACUGAGCAGUCUAUUGCAACGAAUCGGCACAACUUCCUUAAUUUGUUCAAUUGUAAAAAUGCCAAAGACAUCAUCAUCUGUCACUGCAUUUAUUACUGCAAGUGCUACAUCAUCGACACAAACUGGUGGAGCCAAGUGCACAUCAGAUCCAGGAAGAGAACUUAAGGGUUUAGCAAAAUUUUCUAUUGCGGCAAGAAUUCUCUCCAAUGGUUCCCCAAUCAAAUCCAGAGGGAUCUCAAAACCAUCUACCUUCCUUUACCCGUAUAUGAAACCAGGUCUCAAAACCACACCUGAAGAAGUUAAUUAGUAUGGCAAAAUCUGAGUCAAGUUAAUAGGACAAAAAGUGACAGGUUCAUAGUCGACAGUCAGACAACUGUAAAGCGCUUUGGACACAAUGCACAUAGGCCAUGAAAUAACAAGGGUGUUUGGUUCAAAACUUC